UGCACCCCGCGCACGGCUCGGGCGUCGUCUCCCUGCCUUGCCGUGGGCUUUUCGUUUGGACACCUGUGACUCCGCCCUGCUGAUAGCAAGAUGUCUUCAGGAAAUGCAAAAAUUGGGCAUCCUGCCCCCAACUUCAAAGCCACAGCUGUUAUGCCAGAUGGACAGUUCAAAGAUAUCAGCCUAAGUGAAUACAAAGGAAAAUAUGUCGUGUUCUUCUUUUAUCCUCUUGAUUUUACUUUUGUGUGCCCCACUGAGAUCAUUGCUUUCAGUGAUAGAGCAGAAGAAUUUAAGAAACUCAACUGCCAAGUGAUUGGAGCUUCUGUGGAUUCUCACUUCUGUCAUCUGGCAUGGAUUAAUACACCCAAGAAACAAGGAGGAUUGGGGCCCAUGAACAUUCCUUUGGUAUCAGAUCCCAAGCGUUCCAUUGCUCAGGAUUAUGGAGUCUUAAAGGCUGAUGAAGGUAUCUCUUUCAGGGGCCUCUUUAUUAUUGAUGAUAAAGGUAUCCUUCGACAGAUCACUAUAAAUGAUCUUCCUGUUGGCCGCUCUGUGGAUGAGAUUCUGAGACUAGUGCAGGCCUUCCAGUACACUGACAAGCAUGGUGAAGUGUGCCCUGCUGGCUGGAAACCUGGCAGUGAUACCAUCAAGCCUGAUGUCCAAAUGAGCAAAGAAUAUUUCUCUAAGCAGAAGUGAGCAGCACUGGGCCAUUUUUCUGCCAGGCUGCAUUGGUCAGCCAGAAGAAAAUUUCUUGUACUCUAUCUGUGCUUAAACAAAAUGUGGUGUGAUUCAAGACAUCCCUUUCCUACAGUACUGGGGGCGGUUAGCCUUUCUUCCACUAUCGGGAAUAGCCAGAGGUGUGUUGUGAGUUGCAGAAGUCAACCUGUUGUUCUUUUUUUAGUAUCUAUUAAACCUGAUCUCUGAGAA